ACUUAAAGAAUGAAUUGUAAAAUAUUGAAGGGUCAUGAAGAUAGAGUUUGGUAAGUAGUAUGGCAUCCAAAUGGAUAGAUGUUAGCAUCGUGCAGUUCAGAUAAAACAAUAAAGUUAUGGAGAUUAAUGAAUGAUGAAUAUAAAUUAAUAGUAAUUAGUUCAUUAAUGAUUCAAAUAGUAAACUCUUGAUGAUUGCCAUAAAAAAUCAAUAAGAUCUGUGAGUUUCUCAAAAGAUGGUAAUUUUCUAGCUUCAGGUGGUUUUGAUGCAAUAGUUGGAGUUUGGAUGUUUGAUGGAUCAGUUUACAAAUUGAUCCAAUAACUUGAAGGACAUGAAUCAGAAGUAUAGUAAUUAAAUAGAAAUUUAGGUUAAAGGAGUAGCAUGGAGUGCAGAUGGUAAAUACUUAGCUUCAUGUGGAAGAGAUAAAACAGUUUGGAUAUGGGAUCAUGAAGAUUUAGAGUUUAGUUGUAAUUGUGUUUUAUAAGCACAUGAUGAAGAUGUGAAAUGCAUAAAGUGGAAUAAUAAUAUACUAUAUUCAGGUAGUUAUGAUAAUAGUGUCAUUUAAUAUAUAUAUGGAGAAGAUGAUGAAUGGGAUCAUCUAUAAGUCUAAGUUAAUCAUUAAUCUACUAUUUGGUCAAUAGAUAUAUUUAAUAAGUUAAUGCUUACUACAAGUGCUGAUUGUACAGCUAAAGUAUUUGCUAUUUAAAAUGGAAAUCUGAAACACAUUUAAACUCUAUAAGGGUUUCACAAAGAACCAAUAUAUUCUGGAUCGUUCUCUUAUGAUGGAUUGUAUUUAGCAUUAGCUAGUGCUGAUAAUAAAAUUAGUAUAUUUAAAAAGGAUUCCAUUGAUGAAUUUGGAUAACCACAUUUUGCUUUAGAAUAGAUCUUUGUAAUUUUAUUAUAUUGAUCAUAAGGAUGCUUUUGAAUUCGAUGUCAAUUGUGUUGCUUUCAAUCCUAAGAAUUAUCUUUUAGCUGCCUCUAGUGAUGAUCUUAAUAUUAAAGUAUUCAAUUUAUAAUUGUGAUCAUAAUAUUCAAC